AUGGCGCCGCUCCCACCACCGCCCCCGAAUAUCAACCUCUAUGAGACGAAGCGCCCGCGCAUGGUUGCCGUACUAACGGGGACCUGGGCGCUUGGAACGCUUGCGACCGCUCUUCGUCUAUAUUCUAGACGGCUCACGAAGAGCCGGUUGUGGUUGGAUGACUGUUUGAUCAUCAUCUCGCUGCUCGCCUCUGGCGCUCUGACGUUUGACAUUACCAUCUGGAUGGCAGGUCAUGGUUUCGGCGGGCAUAUCUGGGUCGGUCCGCGCGAUGCCUUGGAGGUUUGGGCAAAGGGACUGUACAUGGCCGUCUUCACAUACACACUGAGCCUCGUGUUCAUCAAGUGGUCUAUACUCGCAUGGUACUGGCGCCUCUUCCACAUUCAACGCUGGAUGAAGCCUCUUAUCUGGAUCAUGUUUUGCGUGGUAUGCUGUUGGGCUGUUGCAAAGUUUCUGAUAGCCGGCCUUCAAUGCUUCCCGAUCAGAGCAUCUUGGGAGGUGUACGAUCCUGACAACCCGAUGGAACCCUCCGAGUACCACUGCGGCGUCGACACCCACAGAUUCUUCCUUGGCAACGCCAUCCCCAAUAUCAUCACUGACAUAUUCAUAAUGGCACUGCCGCUGCCGUACAUAUGGAAGCUCCAUCUACGCGUGUCGCAGAAGGUGGCUCUCUUCGGCAUCUUUGUCGUUGGCAUCUUCGUGACGAUUGUAUCUGCGAUACGGCUCGUCUUCGUCGUCGACCUGGACCUCAAAUCGCCAGAUAAGACUUGGAACCAGGCCGAAGAGAUGAUGUGGACGGGCGUCGAGGUCAACAUCGCCACAGUCUGCGCCAACCUCCUGACCCUGCGCCCGAUCCUCAAUCUAAUCCUUCACGGGUCCGUCUUCGUCGAAUCACAGCGGCAGCACUCCGAGACACUCGACGACCCAAUUGCCGUGCCGCCGCACCCAAUAUCCAAAGACCCUUUCCGAUUGCUACGGCCAAAGAGAGUCUUGACCCGUUAUGGGAGAACGGAGCGCGGGGUGGACUCGAGGAAGCGCUCAACGGCCAGUGCACAAGUUUUCGUCCAGCACACUGAGCUCGUGUACAUGGGGAGUGGCUCACAACAGGAUAGUAUAGAGAUCACUAGUCUAGGAUCCGUCGAGAGGGUGCUGGAAGAGGACGGAAGACGAUGGUAA